UUUCUCUUGUAGAUUGAAGGAUCUCUACCAUUUUCUCCUCUAUCCCCCCCACCCCUUUAUCCUUUUUUUUUCUAUCAAUUUUGCAGGCAGAGAUCCUUUUCUAUUUCAUAAUUACAUUAAUCGACGCCAUGGCAAAUGCUGUGUCUGGAACGGCAGUACAAGAUGAAUGUAAGCUAAAAUUCUUAGAAUUAAAAGCAAAGAGAAACUACAGGUUCAUUAUCUUCAAGAUUGAUGGUCAGGAAGUGGUUGUAGAGAAACUUGGAAGCCCAGAAGAAAACUACGACAAUUUCACUAACUCUCUCCCUCAUGAUGAAUGUCGUUAUGCUGUAUUUGAUUUCGACUUCACAACUAAUGAAAAUAUCCAGAAGAGCAAGAUUUUCUUUAUUGCCUGGUCACCUGAAUCAUCAACAGUGAGGAUGAAGAUGGUAUACGCGAGCUCAAAGGAUAGAUUCAAGAGAGAACUAGAUGGAAUUCAAGUUGAAUUGCAAGCAACUGAACCUAGUGAAAUGAGCUUAGAUCUUAUUAAAUCGCGAGCCUACUGAGUCACACUCUCAUGUAGUUGCAAGCAACUGGAUCUUUGUAUUUCUCAUGUUUUAAUGCCUUUACACAGCAUUCUGUAUCAAAUGGUGGUUUUUCUCCUGAAUAAAACAUCGAUUAACUAAUUCCGUUA